GAAAUGCACAGCUGUCUUUGCCAUACUGUCAGUUGGUCUUGAGUAAUGAGUAAAAAUGAUGUAAAAUAAAUUCUUUUCCAAUACUUGAUCCUUUGACCCUGUUACUUAAUGUAAAACUGAAAUUCUAUUAUGUUGAUAAAUAACCAAAACCACCUCAAUAUAUAUUAAUUAAGUUUAAAAUUAAGGAUUACACAAUGCCCACGAUCGAAGUGUAAUAUAAACUUAAGAGAAGCUUAUAAACUAAGUUUCCAAAAGAUAUAUCAGUUUUAUAAUCAUGUGCAGCUUAACAAGAUGCUAAAGUAGCUCUAGUCUAUGUCGACACUAAAACUCAUCACAGCACUGCACUGCGGCUAGUACUUGUAGCAAUGUCGGCGGAGAAGCGAGGCGGAGUCGGCGGCGACAGCGGCGCCGGCGUGCUCAUCGCGUUGCAACGCACCAUGUCGCUCGUGGUCGACAGGUUAAACGAGGAGAAAGAGAGGUCCCCCUGUCUUGGAGAUAGAGCCAACGGCAACAUAACGAUGUGGGGAGCACAACGACGUAUCCUCCUCGAUGUGUUGAUGGCCUGCUGGGGCCUAGGCACCUGGCUCGGCGUCAAUGGUCUUUACGUGCAACUGCCUCUGCUCGUCGAGCGACUGCCCGAAGGAUGGGCUCUUCCGUCGUCGAUGACGGUCGCCAUCCAACUUGCAAACGUUGGCCUGAUCGCUUACGCUAUCUUAAGAAGACUUUUCCCGCGAGCACCCGAUGCUCCUUACAUUUAUAUAUUGCUCGUGAUCGGUACAGUGGCUCUCUACCUGAACUCUUUCUUAUACACAGAGACUGCGAUGAUUGGUGGAACCGAACGUUCGUUUUCGUUUUUAGCGCUAACGUUCUUUGCAGCAUUAGUGGGCUGCACAAGUUCAGUGUUGUUCUACCCGUACUUAAGACAUUUCCGUGACGUCUACCUCGCUACGUACUUAGUGGGUGAAGGAUUAAGUGGUUUUAUACCGAGUAUACUCGCGUUGAUUCAAGGUAUCGGUGGUGAACCGGAAUGCGUUUACUCGCCGGAUAACUCGACGGUCACGGCCAUAUACCCACCGGCGCGGUUCAACUCGACAGUGUUCUUGAUAUUGCUCGGCUGCUUGUCAGCUCUGAGCUUAGUUAGCUUCGCCUUUGUCGACAACUGCUCCGCGUUCCUGUCAGAGCGAGUGAAGGAAUCAGAAGCGGCGAAAGAAGAGGAAGCGACGACUGAGCUCGAAUCGAUCUUUCAGCUGAAGUGGGUUUCCGUGUUAGUGCUGAUGGCUUUCUUGAAUGCGCUUAUGAACGGCGCGCUCCCGUCAGUGCAGACGUACUCGUGCAUGCCGUACGGGACGAACAUUUACCACUUGGCGGUGACACUGGGCGCCAUGGCCAACCCGGCGGCGUGCCUGGCGGGAGUGUGGCUCCAGCCGGUACCGUCGCGUGUCUUGGCCGCUAUGCUGACCUUUGUGUUACUGCCGCUCGGGUACAUAUUUACCACGGCAGCUCUCAGUCCGACGCCGCCUUUGUAUUCAGAUACUAUUGGUCGUGUCUUAGUGGUGUUGUCAUGGGUGGCGGUGUCGGGGCUGGUGUCGUACGCGCGCAUGUGGGUGUACGGGUGGGCGCGGCGCGGCGGCGCGGGCGGCAUGCGCGCGUGCGGCGCCGCCACGCAGGUCGGCUCUGCGCUCGGCUCGCUCGCCUUCUUCUUCAUCGUCAACUACGGCAACGUGUUCACUCAGCCGGACGCGUGCCCCGCGCCCUCCUCGUGAACACUUCGUGCUCAGUGCGAGUCGAUAAAGACGCGGUUGAUCUGCUAAGCUUUGGAGACUUGAAAAACUUAAGUUCGUUUUUGUAUUACUUCGAAAGAACCCUGCUGACGUUUUUUGUUAAUCGUCCUGUAUAAUAUAAUUUACUGCUCGAUUAAAAAGGAAUAAUGUAGACUAGUUUAAGUAAGAUUCUCACUGUAUAGUCGACUUUUACAUUAAUUACUUAUUUUAACAUGGCAACAUUGGCUAUAAGUGAAUUCGAUACAAAGGUUUAGCAAAUUUCACGCAUUAUAAAUUUAGAUUCAAAGAAGCAGAUAAUAAUUACCUUUAUAAUAAGUAAUUAUUUUAAUUUAUUUGUUUUAUUUCGUUAAAGUAUAAUGAGAUGUUUUAUGACGAAAAUGUUAAAUGUCGUAAAAAAAAUUAGAAGGCAUUCUGAAGAGUUACGAAAUGUCUCGAUUAGUUUCCAGAUAAGAAUAUUGGAGUGAGAUGAACUAGAUUUACUAUUUACAUUGUUACCAAAUGUACUUAUUUUUACACCGUUUUUUCAGUAAACAUUUAGUUGUUUUUAUUUACACUUUACCAUAUAUUUUUUUUCUCGACAAAUAUCUAUAGUUCACUUGAAUAGAUGUGCUAAGUGUCAACAAAUAAAUAUUAAAAAAAUCUCAAUUUUCAAUUUUGUUAAAUUAGUAUAUAUUAAAUGUGAUACUCUGGUAUGAAAAUAUAACAGCGAAGACUUUAGUUUUGCAGGUGGUCGCAUGAUGUUUCCAAUUUCUGUUAAAAUUAACGUAGAACGUUAUUUAGGUUAUAGAAGAAUUUUAUACAAGCCGUCAACGGCUUUACAGAUGUGAUAUAUUCCAUUGUCGCUGUAAGAGUAUAUCGUUGUUGAAUGUUUUACAGACAAAAUAAAAAUAUGAAUUACA